UAUGAACGAAUGAAAGCACUGGUAACCGAACUCCAAGCGCUAGCAGAAAAAAUCAGAUUAGGAGGUGGAGAAAAAGCUCGUAAGCUUCACACAUUGAGAGGAAAGCUGUUACCCAGAGAGAGAAUUGACAGGCUUAUUGAUCCUGGGUCUCCAUUCUUGGAGUUCUCCCAGUUUGCAGGUUUCCAGUUGUAUGGUAAUGAAGAGGUACCGGCAGGAGGCAUAAUCACAGGCAUUGGACGAGUAUCUGGGGUGGAAUGCUUGGUUGUUGCUAAUGAUGCAACUGUUAAAGGUGGUACCUAUUAUCCUGUCACUGUUAAGAAACAUUUACGUGCUCAAGAAAUUGCAAUGCAGAAUCAUCUGCCAUGCCUGUAUUUAGUUGAUUCAGGAGGAGCAAAUUUACCUCGGCAAGCAGAAGUAUUUCCAGAUCGAGAUCAUUUUGGCCGUAUUUUCUAUAAUCAAGCCGUCAUGUCCUCACAAGGAAUUCCACAGAUAGCAGUAGUAAUGGGAUCCUGUACAGCAGGAGGAGCAUACGUACCUGCAAUGGCUGAUGAAAGCAUUAUUGUUGGCAAACAGGGAACCAUAUUCUUGGGAGGGCCACCACUGGUAAGAGCACAGAAGUUUCUA